AUGAUAAAGAUAUUUCGUAAGGCUAGGUUCAAUAGAGACAAUCCUUUUCUUCAUAGUAGCUGUCCAACGGGAUCUUUCAAUCAAGCAAGUAAGCCAAGCAAGAUUGUAUCAGGAGUAGUAGGAGUGGGAGAUUUCAAGGUAGCUCCUGACUCUCGGGGGAGGGAAUCUCGUAUUAUAGAGAGAUCUUACUACACCCGUAAGCCAGCUAAGAAGUCAUGCUUUGAGUCCGUUAGUGACAGUAGGAAUGCCAUUCAGCCAGUAGGAGUAGGUCUUCCAAGCGAAGGAGUAGCAAUCCGGUUCAAAGCCAGUAGCUAUCCAGUCGAAUGCGAGCCAGGCACAAAAGCAAGACUAGUCCUCAUGAUGAAAGGCCAGGGAGUGAGGGCGUGGGUUCUAGCGAGGGAUACUACUUCUUCGGCUAGAAGGGACGGAUCUUUCUUUUCCUCAUCAAGCAUUCCGUAA